GGCUGCUGCUCCACGACCUGAGCAUGGCGGGACUGCAGGAGCUGCGAUUCCCCGAGGAGAAGCCGCUUCUCCGCGGUCAGGACGCCACCGAGCUGGACAACUCGGAUGCCUUCCUUGUGGCUGUGGACACAGACUGGAAGGGGAGCCAGGAACGGGGGCUGCCCAGAGUGUCCAGUGCUGUCUGUCCCCUCCAGGAACAUGACAUCGAGACGCCUUACGGGCUUCUGCACGUGGUGAUCCGUGGCUCCCCCAAGGGGAACCGCCCAGCCAUCCUCACCUACCAUGACGUAGGCCUCAACCACAAGCUGUGCUUCAGCACCUUCUUCGACUUUGAGGAUAUGCAGGAGAUCACCAAGCACUUCGUGGUGUGCCAUGUGGACGCCCCUGGGCAGCAGGUCGGGGCCUCGCAGUUUCCCCAGGGGUACCAGUUCCCGUCUAUGGAGCAGCUGGCCGCCAUGCUGCCCAGUGUGGUGCAGCAUUUUGGGUUCAAGUAUGUGAUCGGCAUUGGCGUGGGGGCCGGAGCCUACGUGCUGGCCAAGUUUGCACUCAUCUUCCCUGACCUGGUGGAGGGCCUGGUGCUGAUGAACAUCGAUCCCAAUGGCAAAGGCUGGAUUGACUGGGCUGCCACCAAGCUCUCUGGUCUCACCAGCACUUUACCUGACACGGUGCUAACCCACCUCUUCAGCCAGGAGGAGCUGAUGAACAACACCGAGCUGGUCCAGAGCUACCGGCAGCAGAUUGGGAACGUGGUGAACCAGGCCAACCUGCAGCUUUUCUGGAACAUGUACAACAGUCGCAGGGACCUGGACAUUAACCGGCCUGGGACGGUGCCCAAUGCCAAGACGCUCCGCUGCCCCGUGAUGCUGGUGGUGGGGGAUAACGCGCCUGCCGAGGAUGGGGUGGUUGAAUGCAACUCAAAGCUGGACCCCACCUCCACGACCUUCCUAAAGAUGGCAGACUCCGGGGGACUCCCCCAGGUCACACAGCCUGGGAAGCUGACAGAAGCCUUCAAAUACUUCCUGCAAGGCAUGGGCUACAUUGCACAUUUGAAGGACCGAAGGCUGAGUGGAGGAGCAGUGCCCUCAGCCAGUAUGACCCGCCUGGCCCGCUCGCGCACCGCCUCCCUCACCAGCGCCAGCUCGGUGGACGGCAGCCGCCCGCAGCCCUGCACCCACUCCCACUCGGAGAGCAGCGAGGGCUUGGGCCAGGUCAACCACACCAUGGAAGUGUCCUGCUGAAGCCUGGGUCCGGUGAAGAUGCCCACCUGCCCGCCCGCCCGCAUCGACCCACCAUCCCACUGCCACCCCUGCGCCUGCUCCUUCCCUUUAGUUUAUUUUGGUGAGAGAGUGUAGGGGAGGAAAUGGGGUUACUUCUCUUUUGUUAAAAAAAAAUGAUGGGGGGGUGCCUAUGUUAAAUGCUACAGCCAAAUGGUAGUUCAAGGGACUUACUACUCCCUACCCUCAAUUCACCUAACUUAACCCCUCUCAAGCCCCCCCCUGCAGCCCAGGCACAGACAGACAGGGCCGAAGUACAGGGAGGGAGGAAGGCAGAGGUUUGAGUCCUUUUCUGGCCAGGAUCGAGGGCAGUCUCCCAGAUUCUGGAAAGGGUGUGCGGUGGCCUUUUGGGCAAGCAAGAUUGAGGGAAGGCAAGGAUGGAGAUUGAGGGGCUGCGGGGAGAGCUCGGACAGCGAGAACAUGGGGUCCAUCUCGCGCCCUGGCAUGAGAGCCAGGAGAUAGUAGUGGGGAGCCCCAGGGAUCAAGGAACUUUUGGGUUCUGAAGGACCCCGCCCCCCCCACUUUCCCAACCCCUGCGCCAAUUACAUCUUUGUUUUAGUAUAUGUGACAAUCAUCUGAGCAAUAGCCACAAGGGGGCGCUCCUAGCACAGUUUUCUGGACCUGGCUUGCACUGUAGGGCCAGGUGGGCAGGGCUUUGGGACACAAGAUUCUCUGCCCAGGGGAACCCCACAGAUGGUCCCUUACAUCCUGCCACCCUCAGAUACUGUCCCCAAGGAAGAUGUUGGCCAUCGCCAUGGUGACCUGACAAGGCACUGAGGGUGAAGGCUGGAUGGAAUAGCUCUGGUGUGUGGAUAGCCGGAGACAGUGGGGGCUGUGAGUUCCCACAGGGCCCUUCCAGGCCCCAGUUAGCAGGAGGUGGCCUGUGUGGUUUCCUGGGAGACUUCUGGUUGACUGAGGCUAAAUGUUUGUAGACAUCACUAAGGAGUGAGUUCAUUGAGAGGAACCGGGUCCACAGUCCCUCACCUUUUUCUAUCUCAGUCCGUUACAGUGGGCUGAUUCUGGGACUGUCCCUGCCCUGGCAAGGGAGCCUCCAUCUCCGGGCUCCCCUUCCCCCCGGGCCCCCUCCUGCCCUGGAGGCCCACAACUGUGCCAUGCACAUCCCACCCACCCAUAUUACCAGGUGGAAUCUCCUGGCUCAGAAACCAGGAUGCAGUGGCCACAACCCCCAGACAAGCAAAUGGGACUGAGAUGGCAAUGAGAAGGGUGAGGAGCUGGCAGGGCAUGCAGGGAGGGUUCCGAGGGUGACGACACCCACGUGGGGAAGCUUCCUCUUUGCACAUCGCCCACCCCUCUAUAAUCUUAAGCCAUUACUAGACCGUGCCAGGACCUGGCGGAGUGCUGGUCUGUCCCCUGUUCUAGUCACUCACAUGCUUCCCGAGACUAUUGUACGUGACUGUGAGAUGCUGGUAGAAUUAAUCCCCCUGACCAUAGACAGCGCUGCGAAUCUUGGACCUUCCCCCCACCCCUUUUUUAAGUUUGCUGUGUUCUUUCAGAUGAGAUAUCUAUAAAUAUCUAUACAGUACGUAUAUAUAUGUAUAUUGGACCUUCUGUGUGUGUGUGUGUGUGGUUUUUUUCCCAUUGGAAGUAGUCUCUGCUUUUUCCGGUCAAGUUGAACUUUUAGCGUUUUCCUCUCUGUACGCGGUGAAGAGCCUAAAUUUGUGAAUUCUCAUGAGACUCAUGUCAUGAGACUUUGAGGUGACAAAAUGUAAAACAAAGAAAGAAAACCUUGUCAAUGGAGAAGGAUUUGACUGUGCUGAAAAGCUAAUAAAGACACUAAGAAGAA